CUCGUCAACAGUGUCUCGGCGCGCGGAUUGAGGGAGAAUUUGACUCUUCUAUAAAAAGAGAAAGAAAACGGCUAUUAAUCCCCGUGACACAUAUUUUCAUAUGUGUAGCCCCAUCUACACCAUAUUUUAAGGUGUGUUAGAUGUUCUUUAUGGAAUUAACUGUGAGGACGUACCCCUGCCUGGAAUGUUUCAAUUCACAAAAUGCGUCGUUUUGUGUAUGUUUUACUUUUUAUCUUCGCUCCAGGUAAUGCACUGCUGAGCUUGAGUCCAGACUGUGGAGGUAAAAUUAACAUUCUUCGAGAGAGGAGUGGCUCUAUCCAGUACUCUUUACCCGGUGUAUUACACCCCACCAGCCCUACAUUUAACAAGAUUACUGAAAAGAGCACAAAUAAACUACUGGAUGUAACUUGCACUUGGAUUAUUUAUGCGCAUAAAAAUCAGACAGUUUGGAUAGAUGUUAUUUCUGUUGGUAAUGGUGCUUGUCUUGGGAUUACAUUUGGGAAUGAGGAUAAACUGACCUAUGAAAAAGAGGAGCAUGUGCUAUUUUCUGGAAGGGGGAGAACAGUCAUUGAAUGGAAUUUGAGAAGGACUGUGAAAACUUCAGGUGCAUUACAUCUGAGAUGGAACACGUCAGAGGACAGCCAUAUUCUUGCUUUGAGUCCUUACACACUCUCUGACACUGACCUGGUGUCUCCCUCUCUGAGUGGCUCAAACAGUGUGACAUACACUCCAGACAUUCCCAGCCCAAGCAAUGUGGCCCCCAAAACAUAUACUAAUGGAGGCGAAAGUGUAUAUCAGGGUGGAGGUGUAUCUGACCUGGCCGAUAAGAGCAGACCCCUCUUUCUGCAGGAAAACACAAACAAUAGACAGGAAACGGCUGGAUCCUGGAUCUCCGACCUCAUACAUGCUGGCACACAUUCUUAUCCUAAUACACACUCUGGGACAGAUACAAAUUCUGCCCCUAAAACACACAUGAACACACUCGCAGCAUUGUCCCACGAACCUUCUCUGGCUCAGUUUUCCACUGAAUUCCAGUCACCAUUGCUGUCUUUAGGCACUACACCCAGUCAGGCAACUGAUGUUAUUGCAAAAACAAGCACAGUUUUAGACACAAGCGAUGUAACACACAAUGAAUUGCAUACAGGAAGUUCACAGCUCACAGAUAUUCACACAUUUGCUAAAAUUCACUCUAGCACACUUAGGGGUAAAAGAGGUGAUCCGCAAACUUCAGUGUUUCUGACAGCCAGCUUCCUUCCUAUCAGGCCACGUAAUAGAGGCACCAAUCAAGAGCCACUGAACGAAACUUCUAAACAGACAGACUUCCUCAGUGACAGUCCUAACAAGGAUCACCACAAGGUUACCACAGUGACGGUCCCUAACAGGGACAAGUUUACAAUAUCAAAGAGUAUUGAAAAGAGUCAGUUCCAUCAGAAUACUUUUGGAAUCACCCAUGACAACCGACCUAUAGGAUCGGAAAUGGACAGAACGGAUCGCUCUCCAAGGUCAACUCAUCCAAAUCUAAACAUUAUUAAUCAAACACACCCAACAAUCUACAGAGAUUCAGUAAUGGUUAGUAGCACACCUGCUGCGGUUUCAGAGCAAACAGACGUUAAUCAAACCAACCCAUUAAUGUUUUCUGAUAACGAUACGACUGAAUACUCAGGUUACUCCAAGUCUCUUGAUUUUACAAGUGGAAUAACUGAACUCCCAAUAAAUGUUACCAUCCUCUUUACUACGGAGAAUGAACCAACAACCUCAGGCGAAACAGAACGCAUGCUUUCAACAAACCAGUUUGCUCACACGUCACAUAUCACAAAGGCUCAACACACACAGGAAUCUUCUUCAGUAGCAUCAACCAUUCACAUCUCACACAGCAUCCAAACCCAGCACAGUCCAAUCAACCAACAAACCAGCUCAGCAUCUGCGUCCAUCACUACUGAAAUCUCUGACCUGACCUCACACAUCAAUAAUGAAAUCAGUGCCUUCACAUCCUUCUCAACUAAUACCCCUAGCAAGAGUUCUAGUACACCAGAAGGGGGUAAAGAACCAUCUCCAUAUGAAAAUGAUUGCCUCAAAAUUACAUGCACCUCAUAUUUACCCACUACAGUGAGACAAGAUGAAGAAAGACAGGAAAGCCCCAUUACAACGCCUUCAUCAAUCCCUUCAUCCAGUUCUACCAAUCCUCAGAUUAAUCCCAACGUGACCUCUAAUACCAUGGUUGAAGGUACAACUAAUGUAAGAUUUGACAACCACACAGAUUCCAAGGAACUUGAUAUGUCUCCAUCAGAGUUCCAUACCUAUAGUCCAACAAACUCUCCACUAAUGCAAUCAAGUACGCAUGCCGAACCACCAAUACACACACUUACCCCUCAGUAUUCACCUCCACCUUCUGAAAACACACAGAGCAAUGUAGGAUUUUCUACUGUGAUUAAUGACCAAGCAAGCAGUGAUCAAGCUGUGGAUGUAAGUAACUCCAGUACUACUUCUAGUAGUGUGACUACUUCCAGUAGUUUGAAGACAACUCUUGGUUUUUCUCCAUUUAAUGACAUUCAUAGGGGAUCAACGGAGAACACUGAUAGCAUCACCAACCACACUGCAGGGGCUGUUGGGACAUUGAGUCCUUCAUCUGAUGACAUCAAAUCUACCUUCAUCUCUCACAGCUCUCCAGUCAGUAUGUCUGAUCAUGCUAUUCAAACCACCUCAACAGUUAGCAUAACCACUCCACAUUGGGACACCAGCCAGACUUCUAUAACUAAUCCACAACCCAAAAUGACUCCACAUUCUACAUCCACAGAAAAUCCUUCAGUGCACCUCCGUUCGCACACUCUAGUGCCACAACCCAGCACCGUCAGACCUUCAAAACAUACGACCACAAACUCUUAUCUUACUCAAACGAAAUCACACACAGGAUUUACACACACAAUCACUCCGACUCUUGGAUCUACACAAGCAAUCAGUCAGACUCAGUCUUGGAUCCAUUCUACUACAUCCAGCUCUGACAGGAAAUGGCCACACAGGAGGCAUUUUUUCAUAGUGGAGGAUCAACCAGCAAUAAUAAAGGAGAAAACAUUUCAAGUUCUCUUACAAGUCAUCCUGGAAGGAAACUUUGCUCCUAGUAUGAGGCUCCUUGAGAUGGAGCCAUUUCUUCAGAGCGUUUCUGGGUACCAGAGUCAACAUGUGACCUGGCACAGUGGUCCAGUUCUGCAAACAGUAGUUAGAUUUGAGACAGUGGAGGCACUUUCCUGGCUGGGGAGGGUUAAGUCUCUGUUACAGGAGGCAGGAUUAAAUCCACUGCCAAAAAAAGGAAUAUUUGUUGGUGGAUUUAGAGUACAAAAUAUUACAGUAGGAGUUUUGCAUUCAGAUGUUUGUGAAUGGCUGUUCGAAUGCCCAUCUGGCUUUCAGUGUGUUUCUUCAAAGGGUAAUGCCACCUGUAGGUCUGUGUGCCACUCUGACUACUGUAAACAUCAGGGUAUCUGUGUCCAUCGCCCCGGGCAACAACCUAUCUGCCAGUGUCCUGUUGGGGAGGAUUACUGGUUUAUGGGUCAGCGCUGUGACCUGCGCAUGACCCGGCCACGUUUGGUGGGCGUGUGCUUUGGGGUACUAAUCACUGUAGCCGCAGUUAUGGCCCUCCUGGCUUAUCUCGCAGUGCGUCGUUUUAAAACCAUGCUUCUGCAAGCCAAAGUGGAGCAAACGCGCAGCAGUUACCGCCGAUUCAAUCACUUCGAUGAGCUUUCAGCUCGUUUUUGGGGAAAGUCGUGGCCGGGCUCAGAGGACUCUUUGGAUAAUCCCGCCUUCACCCGCUCAGAUGAAUUACUACACCUAAGAGCACUUGAUCGUACCUGCUGUUACCAUGACGACACUCUUUCUGUUGUCUCCACAUACCAUGGUAGUGGAACACAACUCAACACCAUAUAUCCUCACAGUUCUCAGUAUGGUUUGGAUCUCAGCAACUGCAGUUUAGCGGAUUGUGUGGUGGACUCUGGGAAGGCCAGUGAUCUAUCUGUCAGUAGCUGGCCGAUUGAGCCAAUUCAGUGGACACCCUUCCCUUUAUUGCAGCAGCUCAACAGAAAUACUAACACGGUGAAAGCCUCUCGUCCUCGCUCUUACUGUGAAGGCAUGGAGCUGGUCGAUUUAGAGAAGAGCUGGACAGCUUAAUGGAGACACUUAAAAAAAAGUAUUUAUUGGCAACACUAAUAAAGUGUUAAAGGAACACAGAAUUCUUGUGUUUAUACAGAACAACCUUGAUAAAAUCUCAUUUAAUUGGGAAAAAAAAAAUGUACUGAAAAAAUGUACAUGGACAAUAUUGUUCAUACUAAUGGAUGUGUAAAACCAGAAUAUUACCUUUUGGGGCAAUUGUCAGUGUUAUGCCAAUAAUAUGUAAUUUUUUUGUUGUUGUUGGUGAUUGAUUUUUUUUUUUUUUUUUUUCAUUACAUGUGCCAACAGCUCAUUCUAAAGCAAUUGAAAUAAAAUAUUGAGAUUAAAA